AAAAUCCGAACCAACCGGUCCAUGUACGCCCUUACUUUCCACCAGUUAUAAUCUUCCAAAGUUCCAAAUAAAAGUAGCAUACGCCUCCGCUUGAAUACGUAACAAAGCCCCAUAAAAUACACUCACCCCACUCAAACCUCUCACUGCUCUGUAACUCUCCAAACAAAUUAAGAACGCAACAAAAGGGAACACUAAGAAAGCAAGAAAAAGAAAAAGAAAAAAAAGUAGAGAUGAGCUUCCAGCGUUUCUACCAAACAUGGCUCGAUCAACUCAAAGAAAUAGUCCAUCAACUUAACCAAGCCCCUAAACCCGCCACCAAUGACCAACACCGUGAGUUGCACCAACAACCAGUCCAAAAAGUCAUGUCUCACUAUUACGAGUACUAUCGAGUCAAGUCCUUAGCUGCAAAAAAUGACAUCCUUUCCGUUUUCGCCGCGCCUUGGUCGACUUCUCUCGAACGAUCUCUCCACUGGAUUGCUGGUUGGCGACCAACAACUGCUUUCCACCUUAUUUACACCGAAUCCAGCAUUUUGUUUGAGUCUCAUAUCAUCGACAUUCUUCGUGGUCUUCGAUAUGGUGAUCUUGGUGACCUGUCGCCUGAUCAACUUCGCCGUGUUAGUGAACUUCAAUGUGAAGCAGUGCAUGAAGAAAAUGCUAUCGCUGAUGAACUCUCCGAUUGGCAGGAUGGUGCAAGUGAGAUAAUUGGGUUGAUGGGAGAUAUAGAUACGAAGAUGGAAAUGUUAGUGGAGAUUUUAGAGAAAGCAGACAAACUAAGGAUGAAGACUAUAGAGAAUUUGGUGGAGCUAUUAACGCCACAGCAAGCAGUGGAAUUUUUAAUCGCAUCGGCGCAUUUGCUGUUUGGAAUCCGUAGAUGGGGAAUCAAUCAUGACCGUCAAAGAGGGAAUCCAUGAAUUGUUCGUCAUGCAAAUUGGUGGACGAGUGACAAUGAAAGGUGUUAGCUAAUAAGCACUUGCUCACAUGCACAGAAAACUUGUUGUUUUGCCACGACACAAAUACGUGGCGCUCUGUUGAACAUUCUGUAAUACGUAAGCUGUGCUUUGAACUUA